CCGCUCCGGCGGUAGCGAUAACGAGCCUUGGUGGUGGUGGUGGUGGUAGUGGCGGUGGCGGCCGAGAAGGCGGCGGCCAUUUUGGUGAGGCCUCGGGAGCAGCGGCGGCGGCGGCGGGGUCGCUGGGAGUAGCGUCUCCGUUUUCUCCAACUUACUGCUCGCACCUCCGCGGCGUGACUAGACGCGGCGGGAGCACGGGGGUGGCUCUAGCUGCGGCCCUUAGGGGAAUUUAAAGCGGUGAAGGCGGCGACCGAGAGGGGGCCCUCCCCCCUCCUCGGCGGGAGGGGGGGUGGUGAGCACGCCCCCGAGGACGCAGGUGUGAUUUCCCUCAUUACAGCAGGGCACCGUGGAAGUGCAGAGUUUCACAGGGGCUGUGGUCUCUGCUCACACAGGUGCUCCAGAGGUUGGUGGACCUGAGCGGAGGCUGGGACGCCCUGGUGGGCCCCGGGCCCUGGAAGGCAGGUCCCGGUGGCUGGUGGCCCAGAAUGAGGCCAGCUCCCAGCAUGCCCUGCAGCCGGACACCAGCCCCUCGGCCUGCAGCAGUGGUGAUAAUAACCCAGUCAUUCUUCAGGCAUCCAGCAAGGAGCCUGGGAGUGGGACCAUGCAGAGCAGCCCCUCCCCUGCUCACCCUCAGCUCCCAAUCCUACAGACACAGAUGGUGUCGGACGGCAUGACAGGGAGCAAUCCUGUAUCCCCUGCCUCAUCUAGUUCUCCAGCUUCUAGUGGGGCAGGUGGUAUCUCCCCGCAACAUACAGCCCAAGACUCCUCUCUGGAUGGACCUCCAGGCCCGCCAGAUGGUACCACGGUUCCUCUGGAGGGGUUCAGCUUAUCCCAGGCUGCUGACCUGGUCAACAAGGGCCCAAAGUGGGAGAAGAGCCAUGCAGAAAUUGCAGAGCAAGCUAAACAUGAAGCUGAAAUUGAAACUCGAAUUGCUGAACUUCGAAAGGAGGGAUUCUGGUCAUUGAAAAGGCUACCUAAAGUGCCAGAGCCUCCCCGCCCUAAAGGCCACUGGGACUAUCUAUGUGAAGAGAUGCAGUGGCUCUCUGCUGACUUUGCUCAGGAGCGCCGAUGGAAACGAGGUGUGGCCCGGAAGGUGGUACGUAUGGUAAUCCGACACCAUGAAGAGCAGCGACAAAAAGAGGAGCGAGCUCGGAGAGAAGAACAGGCCAAGCUGCGCCGAAUUGCUUCUACCAUGGCCAAGGAUGUCAGGCAGUUCUGGAGCAAUGUGGAGAAGGUGGUACAAUUCAAACAACAGUCCCGGCUUGAAGAAAAACGUAAGAAAGCCUUGGACCUGCACCUGGACUUCAUUGUGGGACAAACUGAGAAGUACUCAGACCUUCUGUCUCAGAGCCUUAACCAGCCGAUAGCGUCCAGCAAAGCUGGCUCGUCCCCUUGUCUCGGUUCUUCCUCAGCAGCAUCCAGUCCUCCACCCCCUGUUUCUCGGCUGGAUGAUGAAGAUGGGGAUUUCCAACCCCAAGAGGAAGAAGAGGAUGAUGAGGAGACCAUUGAGGUUGAAGAACAGCAGGAAGGCAAUGAUGCAGAGACCCAGAGGCGUGAGAUUGAACUGCUUCGACAGGAGGGAGAACUUCCACUGGAAGAGCUGCUCCGUUCCCUGCCCCCUCAGCUAUUGGGGGGACCUGCCAGCCCCUCUCAAACACCCUCGUCUCAUGACAGCGAUACCAACGAUGGGCCUGAAGAAAGUGUUGAAGAGGAACCGUCUCAGGAUUUGGAGGUAAACCCUCCACCUUCCUCUGUAACACAGUGCAACCAACAACGCUGGCAUCCUGAUGAAGAUGAUGAAGAGUUUACUGCUAAUGAAGAUGAAGCAGAGGAUGAAGAGGACACCAUCGCAGCUGAGGAGCAGUUAGAGGGAGAGGUGGACCAUGCCAUGGAACUGAGCGAGCUGGCUCGAGAAGGUGAGCUUUCUAUGGAGGAGCUACUGCAGCAAUAUGCAGGGGCCUAUGCCUAUGAUACCUCUGCUCCAGGCUCUGGGCCUAGUGAAGAGGAAGAUGAAGUUGAAGCCAACAGUUAUGACUGUGAAGUAGAGGAAACAAGGGAAGUUGAAGAGGCCGCUCAAGAAGAGAGUAGCAAUCAGUCCGAUUCUGCUGAAGAGCAGAGUGAGGAGGAGGAGGAAGACGAUCAGUCGGAGGAGGAAGAAAUGAGUGGGAGUUCACAGUCAGAAGAAUCUGAGUCUGAUGAGUCUGAGGAUGCUCAGUCACAAAGCCAAGCAGAUGAAGAACAGGAAGAAGAGGGAGAUGAUGAUGACGAUGAUGAUGAUGAUGAUGAUGGUUUUGGGGUGGAAUACUUGCUUGCUCGGGAUGAGGAAAGGAGUGAGGCAGAUGGAGGCAGUGGGCCUCCUACCCCAGGUCCCACCACCACUCUAGGGCCCAAGAAAGAGAUUACUGAUAUUGCUGCGGCAGCUGAGAGUCUCCAGCCCAAGGGUUAUACUUUGGCCACUACCCAGGUGAAGACACCUAUUCCACUUCUUCUGCGGGGCCAGCUCCGAGAGUACCAACACAUUGGCCUUGACUGGCUGGUUACUAUGUAUGAGAAAAAGCUUAAUGGCAUUCUUGCAGAUGAGAUGGGACUGGGGAAGACAAUCCAGACCAUCUCCUUGCUUGCUCACUUGGCCUGUGAGAAAGGUAACUGGGGUCCUCAUUUAAUCAUUGUUCCUACCAGCGUGAUGUUGAACUGGGAGAUGGAAUUGAAACGUUGGUGUCCCAGCUUUAAAAUCCUCACUUACUAUGGAGCUCAGAAAGAGAGGAAGCUCAAGCGGCAGGGCUGGACCAAGCCCAAUGCUUUCCAUGUGUGUAUCACAUCUUACAAGCUGGUGCUACAGGAUCACCAGGCUUUUCGUCGCAAGAACUGGCGCUAUCUCAUUCUGGAUGAGGCUCAGAACAUCAAGAAUUUCAAGUCCCAACGGUGGCAGUCACUGCUCAACUUCAACAGCCAGAGGCGCCUGCUCCUGACAGGAACUCCCUUGCAGAAUAGCCUCAUGGAGCUGUGGUCCUUGAUGCAUUUUUUAAUGCCACAUGUCUUCCAGUCUCAUCGAGAGUUCAAGGAAUGGUUCUCUAACCCUCUAACUGGCAUGAUUGAGGGAAGCCAAGAAUAUAAUGAAGGUCUGGUCAAACGCCUUCACAAGGUUCUGCGACCUUUUUUGCUUCGCCGAGUUAAGGUGGAUGUUGAGAAGCAGAUGCCCAAAAAGUAUGAGCAUGUUAUUCGAUGCCGGCUUUCCAAGCGCCAACGCUGUCUCUAUGAUGACUUCAUGGCACAGACCACAACUAAGGAGACACUAGCUACAGGCCAUUUUAUGAGUGUCAUCAACAUUUUGAUGCAGUUGCGGAAAGUCUGCAAUCAUCCAAAUCUAUUUGACCCUCGACCUGUUACCUCCCCUUUUAUCACCCCAGGCAUCUGCUUUAGCACCGCCUCUCUGGUGCUAAGGGCCACUGAUGUCCACCCACUUCAGCGCAUUGACAUGGGUCGGUUUGAUCUUAUUGGCCUGGAGGGUAGAGUCUCUCGAUAUGAGGCUGAUACAUUUCUACCCCGCCACCGUCUUUCCCGCCGCAUUCUGUUAGAAGUAGCUACUGCUCCUGAUCCCCCACCUCGACCCAAGCCAGUCAAGAUGAAAGUCAACAGGAUGCUGCAGCCAGUGCCCAAGCAAGAAGGCCGUACAGUGGUGGUGGUGAACAGCCCACGGGCACCCCUUGGCCCUGUCCCAGUCCGCCCCCCUCCAGGCCCUGAGGUCUUAGCCCAGCCCACCCUUGGUCCAGUCCCUCCAGUGCUGCCAGCACCACUCAUGGUGUCAGCCUCGCCUGCCGGAGCCCCAAGUGUUCCUGCAUCCCGGCCGCCUGGACCUGUCCUCUUGUCUCCCUUGCAGCCAAACACUGGUCCUCUCCCCCAGGUGUUGCCAUCCCCCGUGGGAGUCAUGAGUGGGACCUCACGGCCUCCCACACCAACCCUGUCACUGAAGCCAGCCCCACCUGCCCCAGUUCGCCUGAGCCCAGCUCCACCUCCAGGCUCCUCUAGCCUGUUGAAGCCCCUCACAGUGCCUCCAGGCUACACUUUCUCACCUGUUGCUGCUACCACCACUUCCACCACCAUAGCAACUGUUACCACUACAGCAGUGCCAGCUCCGAAUUCUACACCACAACGCCUCAUCUUAUCUCCUGAAAUGCAGGCUCGUCUGCCCUCUGGAGAAGUGGUCAGCAUUGGGCAGUUGGCCUCCUUGGCACAACGUCCAGUGGCGAGUGCUGGAGGAAGCAAACCUCUCACCUUCCAAAUCCAGGGCAACAAACUGACUUUGACUGGUGCCCAGGUGCGCCAGCUGGCUGUGGGGCAGCCCCGCCCGCUGCAAAGGAAUGUGGUGCACCUGGUGUCAGCAGGGGGGCAGCACCACCUCAUCAGCCAGCCUGCCCAUGUGGCCCUCAUCCAGGCCGUGGCCCCGACCCCUGGCCCCACCCCUGUCUCUGUGCUGCCUUCUUCGACCCCCAGCACCACCCCUGCCCCCACUGGCCUCAGCCUUCCGCUUGCUGCUAACCAGGUGCCGUCAUCCAUGGUGAACAAUACAGGCGUGGUGAAGAUUGUAGUAAGACAAGCCCCUCGGGAUGGACUGACUCCUGUCCCACCACUGGCACCAGCACCUCGGCCUUCAAGUUCUGGGCUUCCAGCUGUGUUGACGUCACGCCCUACAUUAACCCCUAGCCGUCUAACCACACCCACUCUGGGUACUACUCGUGCCCCUAUACCAACACCCACUCUAGUGAGGCCCCUCCUCAAGCUGGUCCACAGUCCUUCGCCUGAAGUCAGUGCAUCGGCCCCUGGAGCUGCUCCCAUGACCAUCUCCUCUUCUCUGCACAUGCCAUCCUCACUCCCUGGGCCAGCCUCUUCUCCAAUGACAGUUCACAAUUCCUCUCCCCUUGCUAGUCCUGUGUCCUCUACAGUCUCAGUCCCUGUGUCAUCCUCACUUCCCAUCUCUGUCCCUACCACGCUGUCUGCCCCAGGCUCUGCUCCACUGACCAUCCCCAUCACAGCACCCUUGCCUGUUUCAGAUUUAGGUCCAGCUCUGUUGACCAGUGUGGCUCCAGCACUGGCUGUUGUCUCAGCAGGCUCUGGACCACCUUUGGCGUCAGCAGGGGUUUCCCCGUCAGUGUCAGCCUUGGCUCUGGGUUUGGCCACUACUCCAGCCUUGUCCCCACCUCAGACAUCUGGUCACUCUCUGUUGCUGGCUACCACCUCUUCACAUGUUCCAGGAUUGAACUCAGCUGUGGCCCCAGCAUGCUCACCUGUCCUGCUGCCAGCUUCAGCUCUAACCAGUCCUUUUCCAGUAUCGCCAAGUUCAGCUCCAGCUCAGGCUUCCCUUCUGGCUCCAGCACCUUCUACAUCUCAGGCUUUAUCCACCUCUCUGACUCCUAUGGCGGCUUCACAGACAGCAAUCCUGGGCCCUUCUCCAACUCCUCCUCUGGCUCCACUGUCAGUUCUGGCUCCGUCACCAGGCUCUGUCCCUCUUCUGGCUCCAUCACAGACUCCGAUUCCAUCUGUAACACCACCAUCAAUGCCAGGAACCCCUUUACCCUCAUCAUCACUGGUAUCAGCUUCAACUCCUGUGUUGGCUCCCUCAUCAACUCAAACUAUGGUGUCAACCCCAGCUUCACCAGCUCUCUCAAGCCUGGCUUCUUCUCAGACAUUGACCCUAGCCCCAACUUUAGCAACUCUUGGUGGAUUGUCUCCAUCUCAGACACAUUCUUUGGGAACAGGGAGUCCUCAGGGGCCCUUUCCAACUCAGACAUUGUCAUUGACUCCAACGCCAGCACAGACACUGUCUUUAGCACCAGGAGUACCACUGGGUCCAACUCAAACACUGUCUCUGGCUCCAGCACCCCCUUUGGCUCCAAGUUCUCCAGUAGGCCCAACUCCAGCUCACACGCUGACUUUGGCUCCUGUAUCAUCAUCUGCUUCACUCCUGGUCCCAACUUCGGUGCAAACACUGACCUUGAGCCCUGCCCCAGUUCCUGUGCCCACGCUGGGUCCAUCUGCCACCCAGACUUUAGCACUGGCCCCAGCCUUAACACAGGCUCCAGCUUCCCAGGCGUCUUCCCUCGUUGUUUCGGCAUCUGGUGCCGCUUCCUUGCCUGCCACCAUGGUAAACCGGCUGUCUGUUCCCAAGGAUGAGCCUGAGACACUGACUUUGCGAUCUGGUCCUCCCAGCCCUACUCCCACUGCUACCUCGUUCAGUGGGCCCCGGCCUCGACGCCAGCCCCCACCACCACCUCGUUCCCCUUUCUAUCUGGAUUCUCUGGAAGAAAAGCGGAAACAGCAGCGAUCUGAACGCCUGGAACGGAUUUUCCAGCUUAGUGAGGCUCAUGGGGCCCUGGCACCCGUGUAUGGGACUGAAGUCCUGGAUUUCUGUACUUUGCCCCAACCUGUUGCCAGCCCCAUCAGCCCUGGUUCUCCUGGCCCCAGCCACCCCAUCUUUUGGACUUAUACCGAGGCUGCACAUCAGGCUGUACUGUUUCCCCAGCAGCGACUAGACCAGCUAUCAGAAAUCAUUGAGAGGUUCAUCUUUGUCAUGCCUCCUGUGGAGGCACCUCCCCCUUCCCUGCAUGCCUGCCACCCACCUCCUUGGAUGGCCCCUCAUCAGGCAGCCUUCCAGGAGCAGUUGGCCUGUGAGCUCUGGCCCCGAGCCCGUCCUUUGCACCGUAUUGUAUGUAAUAUGCGUACCCAGUUCCCUGACUUGAGACUCAUCCAGUAUGAUUGUGGAAAGUUGCAAACAUUGGCAGUGUUGUUGCGGCAGCUCAAGGCAGAGGGCCACCGGGUACUCAUUUUCACCCAGAUGACCCGAAUGCUGGAUGUAUUGGAGCAGUUUCUCACCUACCAUGGUCACCUAUAUUUGCGUCUGGAUGGGUCUACUAGAGUUGAGCAGAGACAGGCCUUGAUGGAACGGUUCAAUGCAGACAAACGCAUAUUCUGCUUCAUCCUUUCAACUCGAAGUGGGGGUGUGGGUGUGAACCUGACAGGAGCAGACACUGUUGUUUUUUAUGACAGCGACUGGAAUCCCACCAUGGAUGCUCAGGCCCAGGAUCGCUGUCAUCGAAUUGGUCAGACUCGGGAUGUCCACAUCUAUAGGCUUAUCAGUGAACGAACAGUAGAGGAGAACAUUCUAAAAAAGGCAAAUCAGAAGAGAAUGUUGGGAGACAUGGCCAUUGAGGGAGGCAACUUCACUACAGCCUAUUUUAAACAGCAGACCAUCCGAGAGCUGUUUGAUAUGCCUCUGGAGGAGCCGCCUGGCUCCUCUGCAUCUUCUGUCCCUGAGGAGGAAGAGGAGGCUGUGGCCAGCAAGCAGACUCAUAUUUUGGAACAGGCAUUGUGCCGGGCAGAAGAUGAAGAAGAUAUCCGUGCAGCCACCCAGGCCAAAGCCGAGCAAGUGGCUGAGCUUGCAGAAUUUAAUGAGAACGAUGGGUUUCCUGCUGGUGAGGGAGAGGAGGCCAGUCGGCCUGGGGCUGAGGAGGAGGAGAUGUCCAGGGCUGAACAGGAAAUUGCUGCCCUUGUAGAACAGCUGACUCCCAUUGAACGCUAUGCCAUGAAGUUCCUAGAGGCUUCACUGGAGGAAGUAAGCCGAGAGGAGCUCAAGCAGGCAGAAGAACAAGUGGAAGCUGCCCGAAAAGACCUGGAUCAAGCCAAGGAGGAGGUGUUUCGACUGCCCCAAGAGGAAGAGGAAGGGUCAGGGGCUGGGGAUGAGAUGUCUGGUGGGACUAGUGGAGGCAGCCACCGGCGCAGUAAGAAAGUCAAGGCUCCUGAGAGGCUGGGGACUCGUGUCAGUGAGCGUCUUCGUGGAGCUCGAGCUGAGACUCAAGGAGCCAACCACACUCCUGUCACAUCCACCCAUCCUACCUGCAACACCUUCAUGCCUCCCCAGUGCAGCCCUGUGAGAGAACGAAUUCCCAGGCCAGUGCCUAGGCCUCGACAUGCUCCUGCUCCCGCUCCCACUCCCACUCCCGCUCCCACUCCCACUCCCACUCCCACUCCCGCUGUAACUUCUACCCUACCCACAGCUCCCAUACCCAUUUCAGCCCCAAAUCCAGUAGCUAUUCUUCCUGUCCAUAUCUUGCCUACUCCUGCACCUCUGCUUCAGCUCCCUUCGUCUUGUUCUUCUCCUACUUGCAUCCCUCCUUCUGCCUGUACCCCUCCACCCACUUGUACCCCCUCACCAGCUCAAACCUCUCAUUUGACUGCUUCUUCACCAACCUCACUUGAUUCCCUUCCUGUGCCCAUCUCUCCCGGCGUUACCAGCCUUCCUUUGAACUCAGAAGUAGAGCUGUGUGCACGAGAGUUGGUACCUGUGGAGUCCAUAGAGCUGCCUGGAAUGACCAAUUCUGAGGCUUCCCUGGUUAGUCUUGUGCCUCCGAAGGAUCUUUUGCCAGGAUCUGUUGAUAUUCUGCCUGAGUCAGAGAAGAAUCUUGUAACUCCUGCACCCAGUUCAACCCUGGAGGCUGACAACAUCCCCAAUGGUCAGGAGCAGGAGGUGCCAGGUCCUGAGGAAGGGACCAGUCCCACACUGCUCCCUGGUGGUGAGGGGUUGACCAUGAGUCUGAGUGAGAGCAAUGGGCUGGAGCUCCCACCCUCAGCAGCAUCUGAUGAGCCACUUCAGGAGGUAUUAGAGGCUCACAGGAACUUGGAAGAAAUGGGAGAGGUUCAGAUCCCAAUCUCCAACCCAGAAAAGCCACAAGAACUUGUUAGUGCCGAGGUUACAGCCCCAUCAACCUCACCUUCAGCCACCUCCUCUCCUGAGGGUCCUUCACCUGCCCGACCCCCACGGCGUCGCACCAGUGCUGAUGUGGAAAUCAGGGGUCAGGGGUCUGGCCGGGCAGGACAACCCCCAGGUCCCAAAGUGCUUCGAAAGCUGCCAGGACGGCUGGUGACUGUGGUGGAAGAAAAAGAACUUGUGAGGCGACGGCGACAUCGGGGGACUGCCAGCACCCUAGUACCUGGGGUGUCUGAAGCUAACACCAGUCCAGGAAGCCCAUCCACCCACAGCAUGUCAGGGCCAGAAUCCUCACCUCCCAGCAGUGGGCCCUGUGAAGCUGCUCCUUCAUCUUCACUGUCCACCCCAGCCCAGCAUCCCUUCAUAGCUUGUCGUCACAUUGAAUUGGGUAUGACUGGUGGGGGCAGCCCAGAGAAUGGAGAAGAAGCGGAGCUUACCAUCACUCCACCUGCUGUGAAACGUCGGAGGGGAAGGCCCCCCAAGAAGAACAGGUCUCCAGCAGAUGCUGGGAGAGGGGUGGAUGAGACAUCUUCAUCCAUCUCUAAGGGGAAAACCAAUGGGGUUGACCCAGUCCCUGGGCCUGAGACAGUAACUGUUGCAGAGCCCGCCCUCAGGCCCCAGUUUGUUCCUGGGCCCCAGCCUCUUGGACCUGAACCAGUUCACAGACCAGAGCCCAUCCUAUCACCUGUGGAAAAAAGACGACGUGGGCGUCCCCCUAAAGCAAGGGAUUUGCCCAUUCCUGGGACCAUAUCCUCUCCAGGGGAUGGCAACUUAGAGAGCCGGACACAGCCACUGCCCCUCCCUGCACCCCUGACACCACUCCCACCACUUCUAGCCUGUCCCACUGCUGUCGCCAACACUGUCACCACUGUCACUAUUUCAACCUCCCCACCUAAGCGGAAGCGAGGCCGACCUCCCAAGAAUCCACCAUCACCUCGGCCCAGCCAGCUCCCUGUCUUGGACACCGACAGCCCUUCUGUCCUUGAGAGUUGUGGAUUGGGGGUGCGGCGGCAACCCCUGGGCCAGGCGGAAAGUGAAGGCAGUUCCUCUGAUGAGGAUGGAAGCCGCCCUCUCACCCGCCUGGCCCGUCUACGGCUUGAAGCAGAGGGCAUUCGGGGACGCAAGAGUGAAGGGUCCAUGGUGAUGGCCGUAAUUCAGGAUGACCUGGAUUUAGCAGAUAGUGGGCCAAGUGGGUUAGAACUGACACCACCUGUGGUCUCAUUAACUCCCAAAUUUCGAUCAACUCGCCUGCGUCCAGGGUCUCUAGUUCCCCCACUAGAAACUGAAAAAAUGCCUCGCAAAAGGUCAGGGGCUCCAGUUGGGAGUUCUGGGAUGGCAAAGCGGGGCCGCUUGCAGCCCCCAAGUCCCCUGGGGCCUGAGGGUUCAGUAGAGGAGUCAGAGGCAGAAGCCUCAGGUGACGAGGAGGAAGGAGAUGGAACCCCACGCCGCCGAACCGGUCCCCGCAGGCUCGUUGGGACCACCAACCAAGGGGACCAGCGUAUCCUGCGUAGUAGUGCUCCUCCCCACCUAUCUGUCCCUACUAUUAGUCACAGAGGUCGCAAGGCCAAGACGUGAGUGGGUAAGCCCUUUACCUAGGUGUCCCACCAUGGUCUCUUCCCCAUGCCCAGGCCUGACUCUGUUAACCACUACUUGAAGUCUGAGGGGGAAAGCCUCCAGGGAGACAUAGGGGGCUGUCUCCCUUUCCACCAAAGUAGGGGGUAGGUAACUGGUUGUCAUGGAAAUGGGGCUCAUCACAACCCCCUUCUCUCCUACCCUACAUAGCUGGGCAGUGUUAAGGGUGGCAAGAUAGUCUCUGUCCCCACCCCCUUGUACUUGAUUCCCCAGCUGUCUUUCACAGCCUCAAACCCUUAGGGAAAAGGGGGAGGGGCUUUUCUUCAAUGAGGUGGGAUGGGUUUGGUUU